AUAGUAUCUCCUUGAUGAUUGGUGACACCUGCCAGUUACAGCUGAUGACACAGGAGGUGAAGUGGGCGGAUCAUGUUGGUGGUUUGGAAAGUGGCUGCUCGACAAUGGGGCUUAGAAAAGAAACCAUUGAUAUCAAAGCCAACAACAAGUCAUCCACUACAAGGGGUAAAGGACCGAACGCUGAAACAUGCCGGAUCACCACACGACAAGAGAAGCAGGCCCGUUGUUCAGCCAAUAAUGGUUGAUCCCUUAUCAUCCGUUCUUGAUGGACCUGACCCUCUGAGUGACCUGCUUGGUGCCCCAGACCCUCUCUCUGGCAAGAAUUUUUUGUCUACUUCCCGCCAGGGAGUGGAAGACAUUCAAGGAGCAGAGAUGACCAUAUCUGACAGCCGAUACAAUACAUGGGAACAGUACCGAGCAUUUAUACUGUCUAACUUCACCACCACGGGGACACUCACGUUCACGUCAAGUUUCCUGCAGCCGUCGGACUCGGCUGAGAGCAGAGCCGUGCCAUCCCAAAGACGCGUUGUGAAGACCCAAACAGCAGUCACAGAGAGACAUCGGGCACAAGGUAUGAGCGGAAGUGAAAGAAUCCGAGCACGAUUGGAGCAGAUGGAUACACUAGAUGAAAUUAGUGGAGGUGUGGUGCGUGAGGUCGGCGGGUUGACGCAGGAAGAGUUCACCCAUCGCCUCUUUGGUCUGAAACAAGAGCUGAACGAGGCCUGGCAGUCUGACCAACGCAUUAAGGCUCUCAAGAUAGGUAUCCAGUGUGUGAAGCUGCUGAGUCUCUCUGCUCCGGAACAUUUCUACCCAAGUAAAUUUAUCCUGGUGAUGGAAAUUUUGGACACCUUGGCUUUUCUCGUCUAUCAGCGGCUUAAACAAAAGUACCAGGAUGACAGUCCUUCAGUUAGUGGCGGGAGCACAGGAAAACAAGAAGCCCAAGAGACAGCUCGGAAUUGGUUCUACAAGGUGGCAUCCAUCAGAGAACUUCUCCCAAGGUUAUAUCUUGAAGCUGCUCUCCUGCCUUGCUAUUCGGUCAUCGAUAUGCAAGAAGGGGAGCUGGCUCUCUCGAGGAUAUCACGCAUGAUUCGAGGUAUUGGUGAUCCUCUGAUGGCUGCUUAUGCACGAAUGUAUUUGUGCCGUAUGGGCAUUGAGGUUGCUCCUACCCUUACACAGUAUAUAUCAGAAAGCAUAGAAGAUUUCCUGCAUGCCCUCAAGCAGGGGUUGUGGCCAGAAGGAGAAGCAGACAUGAACAUGGGCGAGGAUAAGGAUGCUCUGGCAGCUCGGCUUUUCUCUCCUCCUCUAGAGUGGAUGAUGCAGUGUCUGGCCACCCGGGCUCCACAUCACGUCUUACAGAGCAUACUACGUCAAUGUGAGAGUGGAGAGGGUCUGGGUCAGAACCUGCUUGUUGGAGCUGUUCUCACUAUGUUUCCUCAUCACUUCAUAGCAUUGCAGGCUCUCCCUCUCACCCACCUUAUUGCUGGCUGCUCAUAUCCAGGUAAAAAACAGCAUGAACUGUUGUCAGUCCUCGGGAGUUGUGUCAACCAGGUUGCUCCUCCUCAGCAGCAGCAGCUCCCUCUCUUGAAUGCUGUGUGGAAACUCAUCACCCGUAUUCCUGAAACAAAGGACUACCUGUCUACUGCAGGAGUAUGGCUGGAGUUUACUGCCAAAAACUUUACAUCAGUGGAGGUGAACACUCUACUCGGAGAUGUUUUGAAGCAUGUGGGGACAGAGGGUAGCCACGAGCAGGUGCACUACCCUGCUCUUCUAGCUUUGGUCUCCACAGCUCUUACUAACUCCACAGAUUCCCACGCACUCUUCUCCAUGAACAACUUCCUGGGUCUGCUGAAUGUAUUCCAGCGUGACAGUGUUAGUGCAGGUGAUGGGGUGACCCGUGGAGUGGUCGAGGCACUGCUCGCUCACCACCCGGGGGACUUCACAGAUCCUACCUUAGUGCAACACCUCCUCACUCUGUGUGGUGCACUGCAUGACUCUAUAAAUGCUCUAACAACAGAUGAUGAAAGACGGCAACUAUCCCAGCUCAUCAUCUCAUUUAUUCGGCAAGUUAAUUUUGGACGAGACUUUGAGCAGCAUUUGGAUUUUUAUGUGAACUCCAGGGCUGCCUUCUCCAACCUAGACCCAGUGUUGGUCUCUCUGGUGCAGUGUGUGUGUCGGUUGGCCAUGGCAACCUGGAGUGUGAUGCACGGGCAACACUCGGGCAAAACAGCAGCAUUUGUACGUGCUUGUGCUGCCUACUGCUUCAUCACUAUACCUUCCUUGACGUCAUCUGCAGCCCGCCUGAGACUAUACCUACUCUCGGGAGCUGUAGCAUUACUGAAUAAUUGCUUGGGUCAAGGAGAUGCAUGCAUGAAGGCAGCUAUCAGGGAGGUAGUGGAAGUAGACGGCUCACAGGACACAGAAACAGCAGGGCAGGUUGCCGAAAUUCUCCGCUUGUCAGUUGCCAAUUUAGCUUCUACCCUGAUUGCUACACCUGACCCCCCCGAUGCCUCUCCACCACUAUACUUGCUCCGUGGUCUCACAAAUGCUGUACGCUCCAACACCUGGCAGAAGGAUACUGAUAUUCAAGUGUUACUAUCAAUAUCAUUACUACAUGCACUGUCUGCUGCAUCUCAGGAUAAUUUACCUUACCAUAUUCACUCAGUUGAGGGUAAUGAUUCACUCUAUGGAGGAGACAUACAAGUACAGCAAGAAGCAGAGCAACUGUGUACAACUUUAUUACAAGAUAUUCUCUCACAUAUACAAGGCCUGACUGGAAUUCAUGAGAAACGUUGUGGACCGUUGGCCUUAGGAUUGUUUUGGUGCAUAGUGACCUGGUGUGACCUAAGGCAGCCCCAGAUGAUGAAUGUGGCUUCUCUGAUGUGGUCUUUGGUGCUCAAACACAACCGUCGAGAAGUAGUGACAGGAAAGUAUGUGCUUGGCUUUCACGUCGUCAAGUGCUCUCGUCCCGUCAGUGAGUGAGUGAGAGGAGCGGGCGGCCAAUCACAGCAGCCGACCUGCAGCCUCCUCCCCCGUCUCAGCCAAUGACAGUGAGCAUCUGCUAUCUACGUCACAGCCCCUCCCGCCAAAGAUUGCUGAAUCCCUCCCUCUCUCCUUCAGUUCUCUUUUGUUGUGGUGGGAUCUACACUCUGAUAUCGAUUAAAGUAAAAAAGCCAUAAGCAAGUGGGAGUUUUGUUGUUUCAAGUCAACAUUGCAACAACCCAGUACAUUACUUAAUGAUGCGCUACCUACCAUCUGCAAGUACAGUUCUUCAGCUUCAAAAUGCAUACUGUAUCUCAAGAAUCAACAAAAUUAUGCAUGUUAGAAUUUGGAAAAACUUAAAACGCGGUUUUCUCGGUUUCAAAUUUUGGCGCGAGUAACCCUUACGAUGCGAGGGGCCUCAUUUGAUAUCCUGCAUUAUUUGUUUC